CAAACACCAGCCCGUCAUUUCUAAAAAAGGAAAAAAAAAACAAUCUCAUUGGUGGUUUCUUAGUGCUGCGAGUUAAACAAAUCCUCCAGUUGGUGAACAGAAUGGAAGUUGCUGCCGCACUAGCCACGCCAACCAGAACUCUUGGACUCUUGCUGCCUCUGCCCCAAUCACCAUUGCUUUCUUCCUCCAAGGUUCCACGCAGCAAGGCAGCCUCCAAGAUUUUAGAGCGCAGAGCACUACUUCGUUUGGGAGCCACAACUAGCAAGUAAGCGACGUCUGGUCAUCCUUCUCCCAGUCUUUUACUAGGCCAAUAGAUCACAGAUCUUGGUAAGGAGUUCGUCUUCGGUUUGCAGGUUCUCUAAGCGGAAUCUUGUGUUCUAGAGAAAAAAAAGGCACCAGCAGCCCAGUACGAGGUGAGAUUCCCUUUUGUAAAUCUGUUAACUGAGUGCAACUCAGAAAGGCAACGAGAAACGGAUUAAGGAAUGGUAAUGGACCCUGGUUCUCGCGAUAAUCUUGACUUUGGUGAUCGAUUGUCCACUCCCAAUCCAUCCAUCCCUCACAUGAUUAGUUUCUCCCUUCAACAACAAUCACAAGUCCAAAUUUUUCCUUCAUAUGGAUCCCACAACCACGACCCUCCUGUCAGUUCCCAUCCAUCUCCACCCCAGGUCAUGCCUGGCCACACCACGCCGAGCCCCGCAUCAACAACCUCGACCGAGCUGGACAACCCCGAGGAUUUGUCCGAGGCUGUCGCCGAUGAUGCGGUCCUUGCAUACAUCAACCAGUUCCUUCUUGAAGAUGAGGAUGAUGAGUCUUAUCCUGUUACCAGUGCACCUGUGGAGGGUUCAGCACUCCUCGCUGUGGAGAAGCCCUUCGUUGACAUCCUUACGGCUGCUAAGCCCACGCAGGAAGGGAAAUCUUGGACAGCUGAUGGUUGUGAUAUCACAGGAAGCGGAGGAUUUUAUGAUGUGGUCACGAGUGAUCAGAACUCUUGUCAAUUACCUAGUGAAAUGGUGAAGGAGGAUGCAGUUUGUGCCGUUCGUAAAGGUCGGAAGAACCCACAUGACGAUGGCUUGAAGUUGGAAGAGAGGAGGAGCAAACAAUCUGCGUUGUGCGACGAGGAUACCGUCCGACAGAUGUUUGAUGAUGUACUCUUGUGUACUGAUAAGAACUGUGAGUUCCGGUCACCAUUGCCACCUGAAGCACAAAUUAGCGUCGGAUAUGUGAAAGGAUCGGGAAAUAAAAGAGGACGAAGGAAGGGAAGAUCUGGUGCUCAUCCGGAGGAGGAGGCAGUGGAUCUCACAACCUUACUUAUACAUUGUGCUCAGGCCGUAGCUAUUGAUGAUCACCGGAGCUCAAAUGAGUUGCUGAAACAGAUCAGGAAGCAUUCUUCUGCUACCGGAGAUGCUGGCCAGAGGCUGGCACAUUGCUUUGCUGAUGGGCUCGAGGCUCGCCUAGCCGGCAAUGGUAGCAGUAUUUACCGUUCACUUGCUGCGAAGAGAACUUCUACUAGUGAUAUACUGAAAUCAUUCGGUUUGUAUGUUAAAGCGUGCCCAUUCAAGAAAAUAUCACACUUCUUCUCAAACACAACCAUCUUGAAUGCUUCUAAGAGUGCGGCAAGGUUGCACAUUAUUGACUACGGGAUACAAUAUGGUUUCCAAUGGCCAGUCCUCAUGCAGCGGCUCUCAAAGAGAUGUGGUGGCUCCCCAAGCCUUCGAAUCACUGGUAUCGACUUUCCCCAGCCAGGAUUCCGCCCUGCAGAGCGUAUAGAGGCGACAGGGCGGCGGUUACAUGAGUAUGCCCGUAUGUUCAAUGUUCCCUUUGAAUAUCACGCCAUUGCCGCCAAGUGGGAUACCAUCCAAGCUGAAGAUCUCAAGAUAAAGAGCGAUGAACUUCUUGUUGUCAACUGCCUUUACCGAAUGAGGAACAUGAUGGAUGAGACGGUGAUGGAUGACAGCCCGAGAACGAGGGUUUUGAACACAAUCAGAAAGAUGAAUCCACAUUUGUUUGUCCAUGGGGUUGUCAAUGGACUUUACAGCGCACCGUUCUUUGUGACACGCUUCAAGGAGGCUUUGUUUUUUUUCUCUUCACUCUUUGAUAUGCUUGAAGCGAACGCCAUGCGGGUGGACGAACAUCGGCUGCUGAUAGAAAGAGACUUGUUUGGACGGGAAGCUCUUAAUGUGAUUGCCUGUGAGGGCACAGAGAGGAUUGAAAGGCCGGAGAGCUACAAACAAUGGCAGGUGAGGAACCUCAGGGCAGGCUUCAGGCAGCUACCUCUGAAUGAAGAGAUAAUGAAGAGAGCAAGAUACAAGGUGAACAAGAGCUAUCAUAGGGAUUUCCUCGUGGAUGAAGAUAACAAGUGGAUGCUACAAGGUUGGAAGGGCCGUGUCAUCUUUGCUGUUUCGGCAUGGACUAGCUAGGCCUGUAAAUAUCACUGGGUCAGCAGACAUCUUCUGAUUCGCCAUUUUGUCGUGUGUGAUGUUUUUGUGAUGAACUCUGACUCUUUUUCUAGGAACAAAGAUAUUGAUGUUUGACAUAUUUUUGUUGAUGAAUUCUGACCCUUUUCUGGGAGCAAAGAUAUUGAUGCUUGACAUAACUGGAACAUAAGCUGCUUGUAGGUGUCUAUCUUCAACAUUUGUGUAAUAGAGUGACAGGUUUUUGUCUAACAUGAUGCCCAACUCUAGCUUGCUCCCUUUUUUAUCAAACAAUACUCUUAUUUUGGUCCUUGAAUCGAUAGCGACGAUAUUUUUUCACUGUAUCAUUCAUUUCAUUAUUCGCUUCAAGAAAUUGUUUACUGCUGGUGAGACACUAACCAGCUGUU